AUGGAUCAGAGAUUAUACAUUGCUGCUUGCAACGGAGAUAUUGGAGCUUUGCAGGAAUUACAUAGAAGUGAUCCUCUCAUCCUCUUUAAAGUUGCUCUUGAAACUUCGGAUACUCCUCUACAUGUAGCAGCACUGCUUGGACACUCUCAAUUUGCGAAAGUGGUAAUGGAUCGAAAUCCAGAAUUAUCAAGGGAAGUGAAUCAUGAUGGACAUACUCCACUUCACUUGGCCUCAUCAAAAGGGUACUUGCAGAUAGUGACCGAUUUACUGAAGCUAGACAAGGGACUUUGUAUCUUAAAGGAUUCUGAAGGUAGGACUCCACUCCAUUGUGCAACAAUCAAAGGAAGACUGGAAGUCAUUCGACAAUUGUUAUCAUGCUGUCCUGAGUCAGCUAGAGAUGUUACGUCUAGAAAUGAGACCAUGCUUCACCUUGCUGUGAAGAAUAGCCAGACCGAGCUUUUGGUCUCACUGCUAUCACUUCUUGGUGAGAAUCUGGUGGAUGAGCUUGUCAAUCGCGUUGAUGAAGAUGGAAAUACUGUAUUGCACCUGGCCACUAUCAGGAAGCAACACCGGAUGAUAAAGAUGUUGUUAAAUGAGACAAAGGUGAACGUCAAUGCUGCGAAUGCUAGUGGACGCACUGCAUUAGACAUUUCGGAGAUGUGUUCUUCAGAAUCUGAUAACAUAAACAUCGGAGAGAUGAUUCGGUAUGCCCAAGGACAAAGAGCCUCUCAAAUCCAUCAAAAGAAUCCAGCCCAGAGAAGUAAUGAAGAACAAGUUGUAGAUAUUGAUUCUAAUCAUCAGGAGACACCCGCGAACACGAAUGAGAAUUCACCCACAUCAACACAAGAACCACCACCAGACGCCGAAUCUGAGAGGAGAGAGUUGGACUCCAUAAAAAAUGGGAUAAUUGUUUUGUGUUCGUUGUUUGCAGCAUUUUGCUUUGAUGCUAUACUCAAUCCUCCAGGUGGCAUCUGGCAGAGUUGGCCGUCCAGCAACAUUACUAAUAGUACACAGGCAGCCAUUGAAGUAAACAAAUUCAAGAUGUCCUCUGAUGUGAGAUGGAUAAACAUUAUACCAGCUGCGUAUACUUGGUUUACACAUCUUAACGUUACAAGCCCAGAUCUAUUAGGGCCAAAUAAGUCUAUGAGUGCAACAUUAGAUAUAUAUCAUUUCCUUGACUUUCUCUUUGCCGAUGCUGUUUGCUUUAUAGCAUCAUUGAUAACAGUUCUGUUAGUAAUGUUAACAAAUUCUUGGAGUAGUAUUUUCCAGGGAGCAAUAUACUUUAUGACAACACUGGUUAUCGUCUCUGCGACAAUGCUUUACAAAAAUGUGUUAGCCUUGACAACCAAUGAAGAAUUUGCUAAAUGGGCCGUGGUGGCUGGAGUAUCACAUUCGAUCUCGAGCUUUGACUGA